AUGUUCCUGCCGCUGCGCACGCGGCUGCUCCUGACCCUCCUCCUGGGCCUCGCCGUCGUCUGGCUGCGGACGGCGUCGACGCGGCGGCCGGCGCCGACGCCGAAGCCGCGCGCGACGGCCGCGGCGCCGGCGCCGAAGCCGAAGCCGAGGCCGCCGCGCGUCGAGGACGUGCUCGAGGCGGCGAGCGCCCAGGUGCGGCAGCGGCGGCGCAACUCGAGCAAGGCGCCGGCGGCGGCGCUCGAGCUCGAGCCGCCGCCCGUCGAGCCGCGGCGCGCGGCGCGCGGCGCGCCGGCGGCGCGCGGCGCCGCGUGCGCGCCGACGUCGGCGGACGUGGGCGUCAUCCUCUUCGCCGUCGGCGCCAAGGCCCAGAGCAAGGCGGCCAAGGCCGCGCGCACGGUCUGGGAGACGACGCCGCCGAACGUGCAGACGCUGCUGCUAACGGACGAGGCGGGCGUCGCCGUCGCGCGGACCUGGAGCCGCGAGCGCUUCGGCCCCCUCGCGGCGGCGCGCCGGCAUGCCCGCGGCGACGACGAAGCGGCGCCGGCCUGGGCCGUGCUGCGCGCGGCGCCCUUCGACGCCGUCGUGUCCGUCGGGAACGCGUCCGAGGGUCUGGCCUUCGCGGACAUGCCCCAGUUCCAGGCCUUCCGGGCCUUCGAGGUCACGUCCGUCGACGGCGUCAAGAAGGACGUGCUGCGCAAGGACCGGCCCGAGUGGACGAACCGCGAGGACGCGACGAACCGCGCGCUCCGGGCGCUGCGGCUCGCGAAGAUCCGGAGCCUGGUGCGCGGCGCGCGGCUCUUCGCGUACACGCUCUUUCUGGACGUGGACACGAUCGUCUGUAGAGAUUUACGAGCCGCGUUGUGCGCCGUCGGCGGCGACGGCGCCCACGUGGCCUUCGUGCCCGUGACGAACAACCGGACGCACGGCGACGCCGUCGUCCGCGCCGCGCUCGGCGUCGCGAACGGCGAGCUGCUGCCCGCGGAGGCGAACACGGGCGUGCUCGCGCUGGCGGACUCGCCGACGACGCGCUGGCUCCUCAAGGCCUGGGAGGCGGCCUACGUGAAGCUGAGCGAGCUGGGCCAGCUCAUGGACCAGCCCGCGUUCCGGGCCGCGCUGCACCUCACGCGGGACCGCCUGCGCUUCGUCCACCUCGACGCGGCCUACAACUGCCGGGGCCGGGACACGGCGCGCAAGAACAGCGUGCGCAUCUCCUGCGACGGCUACCACGACUACGAGAACUACCUCCAGAAGUCGCUCGAGGGCGGCAAGGGCUGCGUCGUGCUCCACUCGCACGACGCGUCGUCGCUCCGCGCGACGUGGCCCAACGCGCUGCCCAACUACUACGUCGAGUCGUCCGUGCCCUACGGCACGCUCCGCGAGGCCACGGGGCCCGGCGACUCCAUCGCGAGGACCGCGCUCGCGCGCCGCGCGGCCGCGGCGGGCAACGCGUCCGCGGCGCGCCGCUGGCCCUGGGCGACGGCGACGAGCGCCGCGGCGCAGAAGACGCGCGCGCACCACGCCCUCGUGCUGCCGGACAUGAGCCUCGAGAGCACCGCGCGGCUCAUGGUCACGCGGUUCUACCGGCUGCUCGUCGGCGACGACGCGCCGGGCGUCGCCUGCGGCCGGCGGACCUGCACCUUCCGCGGCAACGCGACGGCCCUCGACGGCGACGACCGCCGGGGCCGCGCGGACGUCAAGGCCGCCGUGGGGCGCGCGCAGGACGUCGCGCGGAAGCUCGACGGCGGCGGCCGCUACGCGUGGGAGCUCGGCCUCCGCGCGGGCGGCGCGGCCGCGGACCGCACGCGCACGCCGCCCGGCGGGGCGCCGCCCGUGCCGGCGCCCCUGCUGGGGCCCCUGGCCUUCGGGGCCUGCGGCCUCCGCGGCGGCGGCUUCGGCAUCCACGCGCGGCCGUGCGCGUACUUCGUCUUCAUCCGCAACCCCGUGGACCGCAUGAUCUCGGAGUGGUACUCCUGCCGCGGCGGCUACUUCGACGAGAAGAAGCGGCCGAAGCAGCGCUACGAGCUCGACGCGUCGCGCGAGGAGUGCGUGUCGCCGCUCGGCGCGGACGCGAUGCGCGGCAUGAGCCUCGCGGCCUGGGCCGAGGCCAAGGGCAACGUCCAGCUCCAGCAGCUCGUGCCCCUGAGCGCGUUGGACUUCGACUACGACGCGGACCCCGCGGGGGGCGCGCCGAGCCCCAUCGCCGCGCGGCUCGCGCGCGAGGGCGCGCCGAACGAGGCGGACGCGCGCGUCUUCAUCGACCGGUCCCGCGACUGGUUCGCCGUCGUCGCGACGUCGGGCAAGGUCGGCGACUCCAUGCGGCUGCUGCUCCACGCCAUCACGGGCGUCGCCGCGCCCGUCGCGUGGAUCGAGGACACGUUCCUCCUCCGGCCGCCGUCGACCAAGGGCGGCUCCGCGGCGCCCAAGUGCCCCAAGGGCUUCCGCAAGGUGAACCGCUUCAACGACCGGCCCGUCGAGGCCUGCGCGCCCGAGUCCCUCGUGCCGAGGCCCCGGCCCAAGCAGGACGACGACACCAUGGAGACGGUCCGCGCGGCCGUCGGCCUCGACAUGCUCCUCUUCAUGUACGCCCAGGUCCUCUUCAAGGUCCAGGUCGCCGUCGUCGACGCCGUCGCGGAGCAGCAGGCCAAGGAGCGGGCGUAA